GUCGACGCUUGCGUGAUUCCCAGCGUCGAUACAGGCUCAUUCGUACUAUAGCCAGCGUUAAGGUGGCACGGAGAGACGUCCGGUGUUCACGAACUCAUCGAAGUUAGUGAGUGAUCCACCAACAGACCUAUGCCACCUAUAGCAAGAAUCUCCACACAUAAUCACGGAUCUGCCUAAAGAGCCAAUGAUUAACAGCAAGGGCAACAAUUCAUAAACUUAACGUCGUCUCAUUUCUCAGUGCUGAAGAGAGCAGAAACUGUUUGAAUACGUACAAUCUGUGGUAUUUGAUCAUUACAAUGGCUGGUGUUUUCCAGAUUGUCAAUGCUUUAUCCAGUAUGGUCGUGAAUGACGUCACACCAAUUUCGAUGACAUCACAAACAGAAUGUGCAUACAAGUGCUACUAUGGCAACAGCUGUCUAUCAUUUUUUCACACUCCUGAUGGCAGGUGCUAUUUGUUGGAUAAGAUACUGGAAUCUACGGAGCCUGGUCUCACCCAGUCACCCAGCACACAGUAUUUCAAGGCAAAUAUAGUCAACUGUUCUGGAGACGCCGGCUACAAAUACGUCCCCUCGAUACCCCUCUGCUACAAGUUGUCUACAGAGAGCCUGAGCUGGUCAAGCGCCAAAUCUAGAUGUGAAUCAGAUGGCGGUCGUCUGUUUCAAAUUGACACCGCUCACAAGAUCACGUGGGCAUUUCACAACAUAAAGGUCACAGGCGGUGUAUGGAUAGGGGGGGAAGACACGGAUGUAGAGGGCGAGUGGAAAUGGGCGGAUGAUACUCCGGUGGUCGACCCUCUGUGGCGUGAUGGGGAGCCUUCGAAUACCUUCAAUCAAGACUGUCUGUUGAUUGGCAAUGACGGUCUGUGGGAUGAUAGCUGGUGUGCAACCAGCUAUUUGUUUUUAUGUGAAAUCCAAACCACGUCAUGCUUGUAGAGACUGUACACUGCAGAAUGAAACGAGCUUGGAAUUUCGAGUGAGUGAGUUUAGUUUAAGGCCGCAUUUAGCAAUAUUCCAGUAAUAUCACGGCGGGGGACACCAGAACUGGGCUUCACACAUUGUACCCAUGUGGGGAAUCGAACCCUUGUCUUCGGCGUCACGAGCGAACGCCUUAACCACUUGGCUACCCCACCACCCUGGAAUUUUGAUAUGUAAGUGUUUUACGAAUGCGUUUUAGGUCAAAUUUAGAUAUAGUCCCCGUCCCUAAAAACGUAAUUAUGGGUAGACGAGUGGUUAAAUUGUUCGUUCGUCACUCUGAAGGCCUGGGGUCGACUCCCCAAAUGUGUACAACGUGUGGAUCCCAUUUAUGUGGUUCCACGCCUUGAUGAUCUUUGAAUAUUGCGAAAAG